CAAAUUUUUUGUGUCAUUCAACUUAUUACAUUUCUCACAUAAAAAAUAAAAAACUUAAAAAAAACUUAUCAAGAAAAUGUCGGAGAACCUUAAAGAAGGUAAUGCAGAUGCAAUGGAGGAAAUAAAGGGAGUUUUAAAGGAUUUUAGUACUGCCCGUCAAGCGCUGAUAAUAGGAGUUCUGCGAGUUCUGUCAGAUGCCAUGGAACAUCUUAAAAUAUCGAUAAUAUUGCCAAAAAUGUUAGAGAACCCAAAAUUAGUGGUUAAGGUGCUGACUGGAUCACCACAUGAGCGAGCUAUCAAAUUAGUUCAAGACUUUGCUCGAAGGCGCGAAAUUAUAAUAAAAGAGCAAAGAAAUCCUUUGAUGGAUCACGGCAUGAUUAUGAUAAUUGAUUACUUUCAGAGCCACAAUGAUAUAUAUAAACAAUUUCAAGAUUAUUUCCAUAAUUUAACCGCCAAGGAACAGAAACUUAUAAGAAGCUUUGAAAUGCUGUUGGAGUCCGCAAAGCGACAUCUGGAGAAGGAUUCGAUUGCCCACAUUCAAGAGGAGCGCCGUCUCUUAAAAAUUUAUCAGGAAAACAAAAGGCUUAAAAAAGAUAUUGCAAGAAACAGGGUUAAAAUAGCGUUAUUCAACAAAACGAAGCGAUGGAAAGUAAUGACAAAAGCAGUGUAUACAGAUAAAGUCCUAAAUGAGUGGAAUGAAAAAAAAAUCGAAAAUGAGCAGUUCCUUGAAAAUGAAGCUGAUAAAAUAAAUCGUAAGAUUCGCAAUUUCGAAAAGGCAAGCGUGGAUAAUCAAAAUCAAAUCGAGCAAGAGCUAAACGUUACGAAAAUUGAAUUUAAAAAACAAGAUAAAGAAAGCAAAAUUACAGAGAAACGCACACGAGAAGAGAAAAACAAGCUUUUGUUACAGCUUCAAAGCGUGGUAAGAAAAUAUGAUACCACGAUGGCUGAGAAAAUAAUUGAGAAUCUCGAUUUAGAAGAUAAGUUGGAAAAAGCGAAAAAAGAAUUAAACAACUUUAUGAUAACCUAUCGAGCAGAAGAAAAAAUCUACAAUGAAAUUGUAGUGAAGCGCGAAUUACGUGAAGAACGGGAAAAAAUGCAGAAAAUUUUAAAAUAUAUGAUGAAUCGUGCUGCCCGAAAAAUACAAAAAUAUUGGAAAAAGUGGCGCAAAGAGUUGAAGGCGAAAUCAAAAGUGAGACGUGUCAAAAGGAAAUAUUAAAGGAAGUACUAUAACUAAAUUAUCAGAUUUUAAAAAUGUUCCACUCGAUAAUAAUCUAAAGUACAAAAAUCGUAUCCGUGAAAGUCCCAAAAAAAAUUAAAAUUUAAGUAAUGAAUGAAUGAAAGAAAAUUCAAGCAACCUUUCCGAAAUCUAGUAAACAAUAAAUACUUUAUAUUACUA